AAUUGGACGAGCGAAAAAGCUUACACUCGCAGCUCGGCUGGCACGGUAAUGUGUUGCAGGUUCGCGCUAUCAGUAAAUUAGGAAAUGGCUUGCAGCUCGGUGACCAGAUUAAGAAGAGGGAGAGCCUGAACAGUGUUCACUAAAUGAGAUAAAAAGCGCAUGGUUUGCGGAGGUUUCUGUUAGCUCCAGGGAAGCGUCGUAUCCGCAGCAGCAGCGUGAAAAUCAGCGCAGAACGACGAGGCCAGUUCUCACACUGCUCAGCAACACCACGAAAUGGUCACGUCUAUUCUGGGGCUGCUUAUCCUACCGAUAUGUCUUCAGCUAUGUGGUUUUAUACACGGCUCAAAGACGGAAUGUGAGCCCAGUCAGUUCCAGUGUGGGAACGGUCGCUGCAUCCCAUCCGUCUGGCAGUGUGAUGGUGACGAGGACUGCUCUGACGGGAGUGACGAGAGCACCUGCGUUCGAAAGACGUGCGCCGAAGUGGACUUCGUCUGCCGCAACGGCCAGUGCGUCCCGAAGAGGUGGCACUGCGACGGAGAGCCGGAUUGUGAGGACGGGUCUGACGAGAGUGUGGAAGUGUGCCACACCAGGACCUGCCGUGUGAAUGAGUUCAGCUGUGGGGCAGGCUCCUCCCAAUGCAUUCCUGUCUUCUGGAAGUGUGACAGGGAGAAGGACUGCGACAACGGAGAGGACGAGGUUAACUGUGGUAACAUCACAUGCUCCCCGCUGGAGUUCACCUGUCUGAGUGGCCGCUGCAUCUCGCGCAACUUUGCCUGUAACGGCGAGGACGACUGCGGCGACGGGAGCGACGAGCAGGACUGUGCCCCAUCCUCGUGCGGACCCAGCGAGUUCCAGUGCGACAACGCCACCUGUAUCCCUGGCAACUGGGUCUGCGACGACGACGUGGACUGCCAGGACCAAUUGGACGAGUCCCCUCAACGCUGCGGUCGACACCCCACUCCUCCGGCCAAAUGCUCGCCCAGUGAGACGCAGUGUGGGUCCGGGGAGUGCAUCCACCGCAAGUGGCAGUGUGACGGGGACUCUGACUGCAAGGACGGCAGUGACGAAGCCAACUGUCCUGUUCGUACCUGCCGGUCGGACCAGUUCAAGUGUGAGGACGGCAACUGUAUCCAUAGCAGCAGACAAUGCAACGGCUUGCGUGACUGCGCCGACGGCACUGAUGAGAUCAACUGCAAAAACUCGACCCAGUGCAAUGGCCCUGACAAGUUCAAGUGUCGGAGCGGGGAGUGUAUCGAGAUGAGCAAAGUCUGCAACAAGGCCCGGGACUGUCCUGACUGGAGCGACGAGCCCAUCAAGGAGUGUAACCUGAACGAGUGCCUGUUGAACAACGGAGGUUGCUCUCACCUCUGCCGCGACAUGGUGAUUGGCUACGAGUGCCAAUGCAGCCCUGGACUGCAGUUGAUUGAUCGCAAGACCUGUGGGGAUGUCAAUGAAUGCAUGAAUCCUGGGAUAUGUAGUCAGAUAUGCAUCAACCUCAAGGGAGGGUAUAAGUGUGAAUGCCAUGAUGGAUACCAGAUGGACCCCACCACAGGAGUGUGUAAAGCUGUGGGCAAGGAACCCUGUCUGAUAUUUACCAAUCGACGGGACAUCCGAAAACUUGGCCUGGAGAGGAGGGAGUACACCCAGAUAGUGGAGCAGUUGCGGAACACCGUGGCGUUGGAUGCAGACUUCAACCAGCAGAGGCUCUUCUGGGCUGACUUGAGCCAGAAGGCCAUCUUCAGCACCGUGUUGGAUAAGCGUGGAGACGUAGGAGGUCACUUGAAGGUGAUUGACAACGUCCAGACACCAGUGGGGAUUGCAGUGGACUGGAUCUAUAAGAACAUCUACUGGUCGGACCUCGGCACCAAGACCAUCACGGUGGCCAACUUCAACGGCACCAAACGGACAGUUCUGUUCAGCAGCGGGUUGAAAGAGCCGGCAUCCAUCGCUGUGGAUCCACUCUCUGGAUUCCUGUACUGGUCCGAUUGGGGUGAGCCAGCGAAGAUCGAGAAGUCAGGAAUGAAUGGAGUUGACAGGCAGGUCCUGGUCAAUACAGAUAUUCAGUGGCCCAAUGGCAUUACUCUGGAUCUGAUCAAGAGAAGACUGUACUGGGUGGACUCCAAGCUGCACAUGCUCUGUAGCAUUGACCUGAAUGGUGACAACCGGAGGAAAGUCCUACAGUCCCCAGAAUACCUUGCUCACCCCUUUGCUCUCACAGUGUUUGAGGAUCGAGUGUUCUGGACAGAUGGGGAGAAUGAGGCGAUCUACGGAGCGAACAAGUUCACCGGCUCUGACGUGAUUACCCUGGCAAGCAAUCUGAACGAACCGCAGGACAUCAUUGUUUACCAUGAGCUCAUCCAGCUGUCCGGGACAAACUGGUGCAGUGAGAAGGGUCCGAACGGUGGCUGUUCUUACAUGUGCCUGCCAGCACCGCAGAUCAACAAAUACUCCCCCAAAUACACGUGCGUGUGUCCCCAGGACCAGACGCUCUCCUCUGAUGGCCUCCGCUGCAGACCAGUGACACCUUCAGCCCCCUCAAAGGAUGCUGGGGAAGUUCACAUUCCUCCCACUCACCCCAAAGAGGCCAACGUCAGUACGUCCAUCCAUGAGGUGAGCCACAAGGCCAGAGGAUCUGCAGCAGCCUGGGCCAUCCUUCCAGUGUUGCUGUUGGCCAUGGCUGCUGCAGGGGGCUAUCUGAUGUGGCGGAACUGGCAGCUGAAGAAUAAAAAGAGCAUGAACUUUGACAAUCCGGUAUACCUGAAGACCACGGAAGAAGAUCUCAACAUUGACAUUAGCCGGCACGCCUCAAAUAUAGGCCACACAUACCCAGCAAUAUCAGUGGUGAACACAGAAGAUGACUUAUCAUAACCAACUGGCCAAGUUACCCCCAUCGGUUUAUUGAACCUGUGGUCUCCAUGCCAACAACCUCUGCUACUGUUGCAGGGCUACAGCCAGAUGCCUUCUAAAGUGCAUUAAGUUGUUUUCCAAGGGAUGUUCGAGUUAGUAGUCGUGUGAAUAUGAUAAAUGAAUUGUGUCCUACUCACACUUUGUCCAAAGUAUUCAGGGGUUUGGCCUCUUCCCCGUUCCUUAACUCCAAAACAUUUCAAAGUUUCUCCAGUUCAUGACCAUGCAUUAAUUGAGAACUGUCAUCCUGUGUGUGCGUGUGUGUGUGUGUGACGUAGAGGUGGUACAUGGGGACAUCCUGGUUCUGACUCUUCAGUCUUCUAGCGGAUGUGCGUCUCCGAAUAUUUAUGAAAAGCAUAUUUUAGGCAGUACUGUCUUUAAAGAUGUAUGUUUCUUUUUCUUAUGAACAUUACCUCCAGAAGCACAUUCUUAUGAAGCUUUUUUUGUGCGACUGCUCUAUAAGGAAUGUGAAGGUACUACAGCAUUUGUAAAACAUUGUACAUAAACCUUCUUCCCGUAAGAACAGAAUCAGGACUCUGAAGCACUUUGAUCAAAUGUUCUGCUGUAAAUAAGAUUGUAUACAUUUGACUAAAUCAAUUUUUGCUAUGGUUGGGCAUAGUACCAGGGUAGGGCAAUAUGUAUUUAAAACUGAAUUUGUUAAACUAUUUUGUAUGUUUGUGUGCCAUUGCCGUGACCUUUUCUAGCCUUGUACAGGGGGACUAAAAGCUCUGUAUCGUGAAGAAAGUUAUUUGCAAUCACUUCAAAUAAAACAGACCCAUGAGUCGUUCAAAAACUGA